UUGGGAUUGGUGUUGGUUUUGUUUAGUCCAAUUCUUGAAACUCUGCUGUCUACUGUCAGUGAAAACUCGUAAUAGUUAAUUUGUAUGUUGGGCAAGUGUGUGUGAAUCAGUGAUUUUAUUAACUGUGUUUGGAUUAUUGCCGCUUAGAAAGAGGUAUAUGCUGACCUCACCCUUCUUUCGCCACGAUGGUAUACGAUGAGACUCGCCUACGAACCAGCUGACCCGACAGCCUCGGGCUCACCACGAUGAGUGGGCCCCGUCCCUACCCGCCCAGUGACCACCCCCUCCCAGAGAAAGAGCCAUUGCAAUUCGAGGCUCAUUUGACAGGAGCGCCGGAGGAGGUGGUGCAGCUGGUCAACAACAUCAAGGAGGUUGGUGAACAGUUUCUGUACCACUGGAAAACGUUUCCGAUCAUCCUACCUCCUCCAGUGAACGCUACAGCUCCGUCCCACACCAGUGUUGCCAAUGCAGACAUACCAUACAUCACAGGAGGAGGAGGAGGGGAAAAUUGUUGUACCUUAGCACGCAGACAGCACAGGCCCAACAAUCUGCGUGAUCUGUUUGUGGCACCCAGUUUCGAUGAAUUGGAUGCAGUGGCAGUGGAUUCCAGCGGAGAACCUCGGAGACUCACUGGCAAGCAGUUGGAGUCACUCCGAGAACGAGGCUUACAUAAGGACAAAUUCGGGAAACCAAAACGUCUAACUUCAAGUCAACUAGAGUCUAUACGACGUUGUGGAGAGUUCGAGGUGCCCAGUCUCAACUUUGCUGGCCAGACGCACAAGUGGCGACUCAGUGGUCUGCUACAGAAAGGCUGUGAGCGAAGUCGCGCGGCGCUGCUGGACGAUCUAGCGCUGGCGCUGAGGUUCGUACUGGUCACCGCGCGUGCCAGACUCACCAGCCACUUUUUCAGUCUAGCACAGGCUGCGAAGAGUCUACUCUCUGGAACUGUCAAACUGCUCGAUAUUCUGGUUGGAGUUCCGUCUCUGCAGGCUCACAACCUUGAGGCCAAACUGAGGGAGGAGAGAUGUAGAUAUCUGGUGGCAGAGCUUGUAUGCAGGACGGAAUUCGAGGAUUCACUGGAAUCUUUGUGUGGUUUUGUGAGAAGACAACUACGAAGAGCAACCACAGAGAAAUUCGAGGUGGAGAGAGAAGCUUGCCACCCCCCUGUACCCAUCCCCUACCUCUUCUUGACUCCUAAGGGUUGUGAACUGGACCUGAGAUUAUUCAGCAGGGACAUCAUGCGGAGAGCUCUUCCUGUGCUAGUCACCAUCCUUGAGCGUGAGACGAGGGGCUGGUUCUUACACUUUCGGGAGAGGCUCAUCUCAGAGUUGAGAGCACAGAAACUGCCAGAUGAUGAGAUAGAGAGGGAGGUAAACCAAGCUGUGAUGAGGGAGUACCUACAGAGAGUCUACUCUAGUAUUCUGGGAAACACUGAACUUCAGGCAUUGGGAGAAGGCAUCCCUCAACUACUGGUACAACAAGCUCAGAGUGUUGUAUUGAUGUACAGAGCUGUGGAGAAUAUGCAGUGCAAGCUGAGGAAAACCAAAGAGACGUUGCGACAGAGGAUGUUGUACACACACCCCAUACUGAGUAGGAUAGGGCCUUGGAUGAGAGAGAAGCUGCGGAAAGCAGAAGAAAGAUUUAUCGAGGAGUGUCAAUGGAGUGCCCACGAGGAAGCCCUAUUCUUAUGUAACAACCAACAUCUACAGCAGGCAGUCUACUUCUUACAUAGGGACCUCACUUUCAUGAAGGAGAGGGAACCAGUUUUGUUGAAGGAACUACGGAAGGUCAAAACGCCAACACGAAUAUUCCACUGGCGCACGCAGAUCUGGUUCCCGCGCAACUGGGUGGUGCGAAGAUGUUUCCAGGGCACCAGUGAGGUGGUGCCGACAGUCCUGAGUGGGACCGCCACCUCCAUCACCACCCCUCGCUCUGAUCCUAGUCAGCCAGUGUUUCUUGUAGAGAAGGAGGUGGAGAGGACGACCACCACCAGGUGGCCUCUAUGGAGAUGGAUUAACUACUGCCUUAGGACGUGGACCUGGUCAUGGAAUGCCAUGUUCUUCUUCGGGGUUGUGAUCCCAUGGUGUAGCCCUGUCUCACUGAGAGCUCUUCUGUGUCUCGCUCCAUUCACCCCAGACCUAGAGUUGUCACAGGUGAAUGGCACACUGUUCCCACGCAAGUCCUCCCUCACCCCCUCUCUAGCUUCCAGGCUGCUCAGUCUCUGGAGACACAUCUCCAAGUCCAGAACUCACUUUGAGACCAAGCCUGACACAGGUUUUAUUGGAAAAGGUCUGACCCGUCAAGUAAACCGAGUGUGGAACUACGGUUGUAAGGGGCUUCUGGGUACUCUGGCCCUGGUCGUGGUUUUCCCCCUCAUCUGUCUGUCCGUCAGCCUCCUCAGUCUCUUCAUUGCAAUCACAGCUUUUAUUUGGAUGCCAAUGGUCGUUCUCUGUCUUCAUCUCGGUAUGAUACUGUUUUGGGACCUUGACUGUCCAGUUUCCUCCCGUUCCCGGUACCUGGUCAUUCUACAAGCACUCCUGUGGGAUAUAGGGGUUCUUGGGUUGGUUCAACCUGUCGCAGCACUCAUUGUCGCUUUAGUUAUCUGUCCUCUGAUGACCCUUACUGUGGCCACAGUAUGUGUGCUGAGGUACUGGCUGAGGCUGGCAUAUGAUGCACUCAUGUUCCACCUGCUGAUCAAGAAGAGAGCUCGGGUCCCAGCUUGUGAUGGGUUGCUAAUAAAAAGGAUAGCAGGUCCUGGAUUGACAUCUGAUUAUUACUAUCAGAUAAAGCCCGAACAAGCUUUGGCGGCUUUUGAAGCUAAACUGGAGCUUGAUGAAUUGGCUUCGUAUCAACAUCAGAUGGAGCAGAAAAUACUGCAACCGCAGAAAGACUUCAGCCAAUUUGUGGAGGCCUGUUUUGGUCCAUUCUCUGCGACACUGGCAAGAACAGGACCCUACAAGGUGUUGGAACGAGAGGCUCAAGAUCUUCUGACAUGUUUACAUGAGAAGUUGGACAAGCGACGACGAGAAUUGUCCUGUGGUCUGGCUCCCACCGUAAGGGCCAAGCUCAAGCUCAACAGAUUAGAUCUGAAGAUCGCCAUCCAGCAAGGAGCGCUGAUGAUGGAACGGCUGGGAAGGUGGAGUGGGGAAGAGGAAUUCUGGGAAAGCAAGGGACUUCCUGCCCAUGACUGGCCCGGACUGGCCGGACUUGUAUAUACAGACAUCUUCAGUUUGGACUUCCUCACACCACUGGAUGACCAGGAUACUAAGUUUAAACUGGAGCCAGCAUCACACGUGGACCUGUCUCGUUACACAGAACUGGUGAGGUCUGCAGAGUUAGGACCAGGCUGCCUUGAUCUGUUAGGACCUGUUUACGCACCAAGGGGGAACAUCCAGGUCCACUCUCCCUAUCUGGAUGUGGCAGCUUUCAACCCGAGGCAGAAACAGACUAACUCCAGCAAACAAAGGGAAGUGAAUACCUGCAGCUCCAGUGUUGCCAAGACGACAGGGGAAGCUGAGGCAUCAUCAUGGGAAUGUUGGCAACCCUGGAAGCGGCACAACCGUCCGUACAACGCUGAGAAGCUGUUGAUACCACUACCAGUGCCCCAUCCAGCACACAUCGCUGUGGCCAUACAUAACCGAGACACUGACGAUGUGAUACCUCUUGACUCUGAGAUCUGUUGUGAGAUUUUAAGGGCGGUUGAGGACAGCAGUCAGGAAUGUGUGGGAGGAGUAGCGAGAUAUCGGGGAGGGGGAGUGGACAGCAGUUUCGACUCUGUGGAAUCCCACAGCUGCGACUCAGAGGAUACCCCUCUCCCCGUUCCCCAACCCCUCCCCUCUGCCCCUCCUCCCCCUGCCACAACUGCAGAGACAGGUUUCAACUGGCGACAGGGGGAAUGGGCGAACCCAACCAGGCGGAAAAGGAACUCUGGAACAGUCCGGGUGGACCUAGCAUCUCCUGAAGAUGUAUCUCUGGAUACGGAUUCUACUAGGGUGGUCUUCAGCAGUUAUGGAACUACAGUUUAGGUUGCAGUUGGAGAGUUUGUGGCCCGAGUGUAUCCACAAAUAAUGCUGGAUUCAUGUGUAACAAACUUGAAUGGACUGGACGUCAGGCAGCAUCAAUAGCUCUGUGGCAGACAGUGAAUGGGCCACCCCUAUUUUGCCACCUUCACAACAGGCCAGAGCUCCUAUCGUCUGUUUAUUUCCUCCAAAUUGACUUAAGGACAAAGUAUGCAACAAUUUUGUGAAUAUAUAUGGUUUUGUUCAAUGUUCUAAAAAGGAAAAAACAAAUUUAAUGUUGCAAAUAUUAACAUUGGCUCUUAGUACUAUUAUGCUUGACUAUUACCAAUGUCCUCAGCAUAUUAAGUGUUAAUAUUAUAAGUUCUUUGUAGUGUAAAGUUUACUGAAUUGGCACUGUUUCUUUUCUAAAAAUAUCUGUUUAAACAUUAUUAUGGGUUUUAUAAAAGUUACAACUUGGGCCGCAAACUAUAGUCAGCUAGAUAUGGUUGUAAAUACUACGUAGUUCUUGUAAUUUAAGCAGAAAAUGACAUAAAGCUUUAUUGCCAAUAGAUUUAAGACGUAAUUUAGGUUAAGAAGACGUAACAUCCAAUGAAUUCUACAAUGAAAUAACAACAUUUGCCCUCUAACAAAUCCAACACAAAGUCGUAUAUACACCAAUAAAUAUACAAAAAUAUAUAAAUUAGUUUUAAAACUAUAUAUAUUUGUUUCUCUGAAACUUACAACUUGUUAAUACUUUUUACACUUAGUUUUAAUUUUAUUUAUUAAAAUGAUUUUUUUUUAAUUCUUUAUAAGAUUCUUUUAACUUUUUAUCUAACAUAAGUUUUAUUACUGAUGAAAGACUGUUACACAUUUUAAACACGAUAUAAAAUCACAUGUUAAAAAUUGUAUUGAAUGUUCCAAAGAUAGUGGAUUAUUUGUUGGAUUAAAUUUUAUUAUUUA